CCGGCUCCCGGCGGCGUGUUCCUCUUUUCCCGGGAUCCCAGCGUCCCAGUAAGUGGACCGCGACUCUUCACAGUCAGCCUCCGGCUCCGGCUUACCCUGUGCUCCGGUCCCUCGCCCCGCAGUCCCCCAGCUUCCGGGGCCGCUGCUCUGGCCCGCACGCCUCCGCCGGCGACAGACCCAUGGCCGAGCGCGGGGAACUCGAUCUGACAGGCGCCAAGCAGAACACCGGAGUGUGGCUGGUCAAGGUUCCUAAAUAUUUGUCACAGCAAUGGGCUAAAGCCCCUGGAAGAGGUGAAGUUGGGAAACUGCGGAUUGCCAAAAAUCAAGGAAGGACCGAGGUGUCAUUUACUUUGAAUGAGGAUCUUGCAAAUAUUCAUGAUAUUGGCGGAAAACCAGCUUCAGUCAGUGCUCCUAGAGAACAUCCAUUUGUCUUGCAAAGUGUUGGAGGACAGACAUUAACGGUGUUUACUGAGAGCUCGUCAGAUAAGCUUUCACUGGAAGGAAUAGUGGUACAAAGAGCUGAAUGCCGACCUGCUGCCAGUGAAAACUACAUGAGAUUAAAGAGAUUACAAAUAGAAGAAUCUUCCAAACCUGUAAGGCUAUCACAGCAACUAGACAAAGUUGUGACAACCAAUUACAAACCUGUUGCUAAUCAUCAAUACAAUAUUGAAUAUGAAAGGAAAAAGAAAGAAGAUGGGAAACGAGCUCGAGCUGAUAAACAACACGUUUUAGACAUGUUGUUUUCGGCCUUUGAGAAACAUCAGUAUUAUAAUCUCAAGGACUUGGUGGACAUCACAAAACAGCCUGUGUCAUACCUGAAGGAAAUCUUAAAAGAAAUUGGUAUUCAAAAUGUAAAAGGGAUCCACAAAAACACAUGGGAGCUGAAGCCAGAGUACAGACAUUAUCAAGUAGAAGAAAAGAGUGAUUAAGAAGACUCCAAGGCUGCCUGCUAACAGAACAACUAAAGGGUGAUGCGCUAAGCAAACGGCCUUGAUACGUGAAUCCUUGAGCACCAUCUGUUAUAGGGGGAAAAUGACUGGUACUUUAAUUUCUCUAGGUAAAUUUUUAAACAAUAAUUCUUGUCAAGUUGCUUAAGUGAUUUUUGAGGAAAAAGAACACAUUUAUUUAUGUACUUAAUCAGAUUAUUCAUGAUGGGGUUGGGAGUUGAAGAAGGUUUUUCUUUUUAAAUAUUAACUUUUAAAAUGUAAAAUUAGGAAAUGUUUUCUAAAUGAGGACUCCCUGUACUUGUUUCUCUCUGAGGAGCUGAGGUAAUACAGAUCCAAACUGAAUGGCAUAGCAGGAAAAAAGUAGUCAACUACAGAAACUCUCAAAAGGAAUUAAAAAGAGUUCCUUAUUCUGAACUUGUCGAAAAACAAAGCUGUCUUUUUUUUUUUUAACAGGUGGCUAUGUUUCAUGUUCACAUACAUUAAUGAAAGGAUAGCAUUUAUGUUUGUACUAAGAUAGCUGUCUUCAUCAUUAGCUUAUUUUACCCUAGUGAUAGUGACAUGAGAAAUGGAAAAAAUCACGGUCAAUUAGUCUUUCUUUCUUUCUUCUUUUAAAAUAAUUAGAAAUUGGGAAUUCCCUGGCCGUUCAGUGGUUAGGACUCCACACUCUCACUGCUGAGGGCCCGGAUUCGAUCCCUGAUCGGGGAACUAAGAUCCCACGAGCCCCAUGGUGUGGCCACAAAAAAAAAAAAAAAAAAAAAAAAGAAUAA